AACUGCGUAGCAGGCCUGUUGGUGCCUGUCCGUUCUGUCGAGUGCUACAUUUCUUCAUCUCGCCGCCAAUGGACAACCUCAAGGCCUCGUUACUACCGACUCAAGCACGCAAGUGUCUCUUUGGACAACCCGACCACAACGAGACUGAUAAAUAUCUCAACAGUGAACUGGAAAAGAUCAACGAACGUCACCGAGAAAGGUGGAACUUCGAUUUCGAUAGCGAGCAGCCCCUAGAGGGCAACUGGCAGUGGGAAAAAGUCGAGCCAGAAAUGACAACCACCGUCCAGACCGCUGAACGUAUACAGAUGGGAGAAAGCGUGGGGACGGCGAGCGCUGGAGCCUGUGGUGCUAGACCACUUACUCGCGUUGAGAAACGCGCUUCUAGGACACGACAAUCGAGGCGAGUCGAGGAGGAGGCGACAGAGACAGAAAGAGACGCUCUGGGCCUUGCGUCUCGUCUGUUGGGAGAAAAGGCGACGUCUGAUAGGGAAACGACUGGCACUGCAACAACUGCAUCGCCAUCCAAGCGGACCGAGACUGCGCACACUGUCGCAGAGAGCUCACUGAGACAGUCGCCGCGCAGGAAAGCCAGGAGAGAGAUAGCAGAUUACUAUUCGGUCAGAAAGCGGUAUUCCAGCUCUUCGGAUAUGCCGAAGCAGGACACGUCGUCAAAGAAAAAGGCGAACCAAACGCCAACCAGACAAAGCAAACGACUGUCGGAGAAGAAACGUCGAGACGCAAGGCCCAGGUCGCUGAGCUUCGAAUCAUGUUCACCAACGAGUUGUUGACGUCGUUUGCAAAGAGUUCCCGCGUGUAUAACUUGUUUUAUUUGACAGAGAUUUUUCGUAGGUGGUUUGAGAGUAGUAAAUUAGCUUCUAGCCAUUGUGUGGCA